ACUUACAUUCUUAUCACGUCGGCAUUUUCCUCAGACUCUUCAACAGCGGGAGUGAAGGCAGCUCGAGCAAAUCCUCAACUCUUUUCACUUCUUGAACUAAAAUCGGCUACGGACGUCAUUGCAUCUCCAGGAGUUCCCCUACGCCUAAUAACUGCUGUACCUCCAGCUGAACAGAGAAACAAAAACAUAAGGAUGUUCUGGAUAACCCUUUUAAGCACAAUAGCUCUAGGAUGGAGUACGUCGAUUCCACUAAUGGAGGACUCGAAAGAGUUAGAUGAACCUUGCAUGGAGCCAUGCUACUGCGAAGAAAAGGAGAGUUUUUUGCAAAUACACUGUGAAAGUAAAGGUUUUACAAAUAUUAGUCAGAUAACCGAGUCAUGGAUGAGACCCUUUAAACUUUACCUACAAAGAAACUCUAUGAGGAAACUCUAUUCUAACGGUUUUCUGUUUCUAACCAACGCCGUAUCAAUCAAUCUUGGCAACAACGCAUUGCAGGACAUUCAGGCAGGUGCCUUUAAUGGCAUGAAACUUCUGAAACGCUUAUAUUUACAUGAAAACAAACUAGAGGUUUUUCGAAAUGAUACAUUCUUAGGUUUGGAGAGUUUGGAGUAUCUACAGGCCGACUACAAUGUGCUGAAGAGGAUUGAUGGCGGUGCAUUUAGGAACCUUAAUAGACUGAAAGUGUUGAUUAUCAAUGACAACCUGAUACCAUUUCUACCGCACAAUCUCUUCAGGGCGGUUUCCUUAACCCACAUCGAUCUGCGUGGUAAUAGGUUAAAGUCACUGGCUUAUGCGGGGACGCUGGAAUACAUUGGCAGGCGCCUCAUGGAGAUUCAAUUGGAGGAGAACCCAUGGAACUGUACAUGUGAAAUUAUGCCACUGAAGUCUUGGCUAGAAAGCAUACCAUACACGGUUCUUGUCGGGGAAAUUACGUGUGAGACACCAUUCCAUCUCCAUGGCAAGGACUUGAGGGAGAUCAGGAGAAGUGAAUUGUGCCCGAUUCAUUCAAGUGUGGAGGUAGAGGUCAGCUUGGGAAUCCCGCAGCUUGCUUCCAGUAACGACAAUGCAUGGCCUACCAAACCCUCCUCUAUGUCUUUAUCGGUGACAUACACCGCCUCUUCUGUAGAAUACAAGACAUCAGGUAAAUUACCAAAAGCAACUAAGACUCCAAACACUUUAAAAGCACAGCCAACUCUACGCAGUGUGUAUUCGGGACAAAAUCAGCCUAUAGUUGCAGGCUACCAGACCAGGCCUCCCAUCCCUAUCAUCUGUCCCACGGAGUGUUCCUGUAGCCUACAUAUCAAUGAUCUGGGUUUGACAGUACAGUGCAAAAAUAAAGCGAUCCAAAAUAUGUCUGAACUCAUACCAAGGCCGUUGAACGCUAAGAAGUUGUAUUUAACUGAUAAUCUAAUUCAGAAAAUCUACAGGUCAGAUUUCUGGAAUUUCUCCAGUUUGGAUCUUUUGCAUUUGGGGAGCAACAGCGUGUCAUAUAUUCAAGAUGGGGCUUUCAUGAAUCUUCCAAAUUUAAAGACCUUGUAUUUGAACAACAACGAAAUCGAACGUCUCACCCCCGGCAUGUUCAGAGGGCUACAGAGCUUAGAGUACCUAUAUUUCGAAUACAACAUCAUCAGAGAAAUCCAACCAGCGUCUUUUAGCUUGAUGCCCAACCUUAAACUAUUAUUUCUCAACAGUAAUCUUCUCCGAACUCUACCCACGGACGCUUUCACGGGCACCUCUCUGGGCAGGCUGAACCUGAGAAAUAACUACUUUCUGUAUCUGCCGGUGAGUGGAGUGCUCGAGCAUUUGGACUCCAUUGUACAGAUCGAUCUGAACCAGAAUCCCUGGGAUUGCUCGUGCGAUUUGAUAGCUCUCAAGCAAUGGGUGGAAAAGAUCAGCACAGUGAAACUGAUUGGCAGCGUGCUGUGCGAGACGCCGGAGUUCCUCAGCGGGGUGGAUCUGAAGAUGGUCGACUACGAGGUGUUGUGCCCUGAACUGAAACAUGCCGCUGCCUCUCCGGCCGUGCCCGGCUCCGGGGGGAAUGGUAAUGUGAUCUCCACAACCACAGGCUUCGGCUUCUCCUCGCAAGGUGGCGCCAUUCCUCUUUCAGUCCUGAUCCUGAGCCUUCUGAUCAUUUUCAUUUCCGCUGUAUUUAUUGCAGCGGGUCUCUUUGCUUUCGUGCUUAGGAGGCGUAAGAAAUCGCCCUUCAGGAGACGGCAGGACGUAGACCUGACUGGUAUGCAAAUGCAGUGCAGAAUCUUCGAGGAGAGAGCUGCCAACUCACCCGAGAAAGCGGCCAGCCACGUCUAUGACUACAUCCCCCAUCCCGUCACUCAAAUGUGCAACAAUCCUAUCUAUAAACCACGUGAGGGAGAAAUGGAGGAGGAAUUCUCAGAGACUCAGGAAAAUAAUACUAAUUACAAAACUCUGGAGAAAGACAAGGAAUGGAAAACGUCACUGUCCAACAGCAACCUUAAUACCAUAGUUACGAUUAAUCAGACUAACGAUUUUGCAAGUUUUCCAGAAAAUGGGGUUAUUUAUCCCACUGUGUUGGACAGAGAUAGAGCAGCUCACACGGUUGGCUUUGUGGACUGUCUGUAUGGCACCGUGCCCAAGUUAAAAGAGCUACAUGUCCACCCACCUGGCAUGCAAUAUCCUGACUUACAGCAAGAUGCCAGGUUUAAAGAAACCAUUCUUUUUGGCUCAUCUGGACGGGGAUACCCUGAGCAAACCCAGAGCGAAUACCUCGAGUUAAGGGCCAAACUUCAAACUAAGCCAGACUACCUCGAAGUACUAGAGAAGACAUCAUACCGAUUUUAGAUAUCAUACCAACGGAAACGAACCCCAAACACAGCAUGUUUUAGAAGGUAAAGGGAAAUUAUCCGCCACCCCCCUCAUUAGGUUGCUUUGGACGAAAGGCCAUAUUCAAAUCAUAUUCAAUGAAGUGCCUUUGCAGACUUUAGCCAGCAAUGAUAUCAAUCAUAUUUUUUUAUGGUAACGAGAACUGACUGUGCCGUCUGUAGUCAUAUAGAGGGCUGGUUAUCGACCGUCAUAUAAAUAGCCCUAUUCAUUACUGGCAGCGACUUUGUUCACUUUAUUUGGCAGGAAGUGAUGCCUCUCUCUUGCUCUCUCCCUCUCACACCCAAAUGAACGCCGAGGGCAAAAUUUGUGAAACAUUGACUGCAGUCUUGCUGCAUGUGUAAAACUGCCGGCGUGUAACUCGCUCAAAUGACA